GUUGCCAUCGAGAGUUCCUAGAAAAAAAAAUUAACAUGAUGUACCUAGUGUCGGUUCUGUGCAUAUUUUUUAACGUAUAUAUAAAUAAGGUACACAGUCAAUUGGUAUCUGGAGUUACAUCUUCAGGUCAAACUUACCUAUGCCUACCAACGGGUACUACUUGCCCUAGCAGUAGCAGCAGCAACACCAUCGAUCCUAGAAUUGUAACACCAACGCAAGCGGGUGCAUUAUGUGCUGAUGGAUAUUUCGCUUGCUACGGUCAAACAACAACGUGUGGAACACAGUAUAUAACACCAACUACCACAACCGAUGGCUUGGCAGAUUUUGGAGCAUAUCCAUGGCAAGCUUAUCUUAGAAAUAAUACGAGCACGUUUUCCGGAAGUGGAGUACUACUGGAUGAGUUCCACGUACUAACUGCGGCUCAUAAGGUCUACAGAAAUGUGGCAAAUCCCUCUGUAAUAACGGUAAUAAUGGGUGUAUGGAAUCCUGCAAGUUUGGAUAACACACAGAGUAGUACAGUAUCAUCAAUUACAGUUCAUCCUUCAUUUGUAGCAAGCACCCUUGUGAACGAUAUAGCCAUUCUUACAUUAUCACAACCUAUAGUCUUGGGGAUCUACAGAAAUAUCAACACGAUAUGCUUAGCAAGCACAGGUGCCUCAACAUCAUACGUGGGACAAACAUGUGUGGUUUCCGGCUGGGGUCAGACUUCUUUUACCACCAAUGACGCUCCAACAAGCCCACAAAAACAAGUGUAUGUUACUGUUGUAAAUUAUGCGACGUGUAGAGCAUCUUUUGCGAAUACAAAUCUGCUAGGAAGCAAUGUGGACACUUAUUUAGAUCCAAAUGGUGAAAUCUGCGCUGGAGGACAAUCCAUGAGGGACGCUUGCUCGCAAGAUGGAGGUUCACCCUUGUCGUGUCCCAGUUCCACUGGACAAUACAGUGUAGCGGGCUUAGUGAUUUGGGGAAAAAAUUGUGGGCAGACUGGAGUGUAUGGUGUCUAUGUUAACGUUCCUUACUACUACACCUGGAUACAGAGUAUAUUAUCACAAUCUGUUGUAACAACUGCAUGAAAAUAAUAUAAGAAUUGUAAGAAGACUGACAAAUUCGACUUAGCCUAUGAAAAGUCAUAUACAAUCACGAGAACACAUACAGUUUUUACAGAUUCUAAUUAAAAAAUA